AAUAAAAGAAGUGUUGGCAACGCCGCACACAAAACAACCAGCUGUUGAUUUGGAUCGCAGUUUAAGCGACCAUGGAAAAUAAGUGAUUAAUGAAAUUAACAAAUUUUAAGUGCUACGCCCAAAAAUGGAGGAGAGCGAUAGGUGUGUGCACAGCGCCUACCAGGUGUCGAUAAUUCCAACGGAUCUACAGCACGAGGAAACAAUAAUCAGAGCAGCCCAAUCGCUCGACUGCCUAAACAAAACUAUCAACUCAAUUUUUGGGCGCAUCGAUGCUCGCUUGGCAAGAAAUGGUGUCCACGUUCAGCUAAUUAAUGAGCGAGUCUUGCGUGCGCAAGCAAAAAUUAAUGCACUCGUCGGCUCCAAGAAAUCAAUCAAAAUCUACGCGCCCGCCCGCUUUCCUGGUACCUCGACACUGAACAUCAACAUCUCGGCAACAUUUCCCCAGGUUGUUGAUCACCAAAAGCCAACAUCAAUGGAGACGUCGACGUCGUCAGCAGCAGCAGUUCCAGCUGAAUUUUCGCAGCGACGACGUCACACUAAUAACUUGAAUGAUGCACUCGAGGAGCAGCCAUCGGGUGCCGAGCUGGACACGGUUUUCUUUCAUGUGCGCGGCGAGGAACAGUUGGAAACGCCGCUUGUCGUCGAACGUCAGCAAACCAAUCGCAUGGCGGGUUUGGGUACGCUGCCGGAAACGAAAUCGGUGCCGACAUUGAUGCGUUUCAAUACCAACGAAUUUGCCUAUGCCGGUGGCCAGGAUGGCAACGAGGAUCUCAAUGCCUGGAAACGCACAUUGCCACCGCAGAGGAGCAGCCACAAGCGUGCUACUCCCGCUGUAGCUGCCAGGUCAAGUGCAUUGCUGGCACCGGCCCCACACUCACUCUCCCAUGGCACCAUCAAGUUGGCCACACCCGCUGGAGAUUUGCGUUAUACGCCAGCUGCUUUGGCAGCGCCAGCAAUUGAUGUACCACUAGAUUUGCCGGAUUUGCCGGGCAUUGCGAAUGAUCUGCAAUACGAGCCUGUGGAGGAGCAGACGCCCAUUGCGCCAUCGCAUCAGUUUGUCGAUCUGCCAGAUCUGCCGGGGUUAAAUGAAAACGAACCCGAACCGCAACCGGAGGAUGAGAAAGCUAUUGAAAUGGAGCAGGCGAUAACGGUGCAGGCGUUGGCUGCCCAAACCCAUAUGACCAGGAAGAACAACCAUCGAACGGUGCCGCCAAAGGGUGUAAAAACUGCUGCACCACCACCACCUCCCCCUCCUCCGCCACCUCCACCACCACCACCUCCUCCUCAACUCAUGCCACCGGCAGCAUUUGCAGAGCAGAAUUUUCCAACGGAUGGCGUCAUCAAGCCAAUAUCGCCGUCAGUGCAAACACCAUUGAAUAUACCAAGUUCCCGGGCUCCGCCGCCCGCCGAUCCGCGUAUGGAGCUGAUGGAUGCCAUACGUAAGGCGGGAGGUGCACAUGGCGGCCGCUUGCGGGCUGCAGCGCCCAUUGAUCUGGAUGUGGUAGAUACACAAAAUAAUGCUGCGAAUCUUGCGACACGUUCCCGGGCAGGUGGAUCAGGGGCUGCGAAUAGCAGCGGCGGGGAUUUGAUGGCGGAUCUGCAUAAUAAACUGAUGCUGCGUCGCAAGGGCAUCUCCGGCAGUCAGAAUCCGGCGGAACAAUCGGGCAAUCCCAUGAUGCUGCAGUUGUCCAAGAUUAUUGUGCAGAAGCAAAGCAAAGUUUCCAUUUCCAGCGAUGAGCGCAAUUCGGAUGAUGAUGACGAUGAUGAUGCCGCUGCUUGGGAUGAGUAGUCGUAAACGAAUCGCAUUAGAAUUAUAUUAGUUCCAGCUAUGUGCCUUGCUUUAAGCAUUAGUGUAAAUUAUUAAAAAAAAAUAACAGGGCAGAUCGAGCAUUAAAAUUAUAGAACAUUUUA